UUUAGUUUGCUUCAAAAACUUACGUUGCUCUAAGAAUAAAUUUAAAUAAAAACUGAAAGUUGUAGAGUGCAUUUAUUUCUGCUCAAGCAACAUGUUUGUUUAGUGCGCAUGCGUUUAAAUGAAUUCACAAAUGCGACGUGGGUGGUCGAAUGUGCUGUAAAGGACAAAGGACAUAUUAUUCAAUAACUCGACAGCGUAACCACAAAACGUGCUAUAAAACCGUUAAAAAUUUAAUGACUUGAGCAUCUGCAGGCGCGUUGCAUACCAAACAUAUCCACAAGUGACAAAAUACACAUCAUUAAUUGUUAACAAUAAUUGAUAACUAAGUGAGCAACGAAUUCACAUAUCGCAACAAUAUGUCGACGGCAUCCUCCAGCGGCGAUGAUGCGCACAAAAAACUGGAUGCACACCAGGAGGAGAGCUCCCACCUGCUGGAAGCCACUGAGAAUGGCAACCAGUAUGGCUCCCGGCAAGCAGUGGAAAUUAUCAAAGCCAAUGCCAAUGGAACCAAUGUCAAUGACAAUGACCAAGAACAGGAGAAUCUACUGGACAGCAUGGUGCAUGAGUAUAGCGGUGGAAGUUUGCGCACCUUUCCGCAAUAUGUGGCCGCCUUGGCUGCAGCUGGUGGUGCCUUCGCCGCUGGCACUGUCCUCGGCUGGACCUCGCCAGCUGGCGAACGCAUAACGGAGGGCGAGGCCUACGACUUUGAAGUGAGCGGUGAGCAGUUGAGUUGGCUGAGCUCCUUCAUGACUUUGGGCGCUGCCUGCGUCUGCAUUCCGAUUGGCUUUCUCAUCAAUAUGAUUGGACGCAAGUGGACGAUGUUGUUCCUGGUGCUGCCCUUUGUGCUUGGCUGGGCGCUGCUCAUUUGGGCCCAGAAUGUGGGUAUGAUGUAUGUCUCGCGCUUCAUCUUGGGUAUUGCUGGCGGCGCCUUCUGUGUGGCCGCGCCCAUGUACACGGGCGAGAUUGCUCACAAGAAUAUACGCGGCACCUUGGGCAGCUUCUUCCAGCUGAUGAUCACCAUUGGUAUACUGUUUGUCUACGGCGUAGGCGCUGGUCUGAGCGUCUUCUGGAUGAGCGUGGUCUGCGGUCUGGUGCCCAUUGCUUUCGGCAUUAUCUUCUUCUUCAUGCCAGAGUCACCCACCUAUUUGGUCUAUAAGGACCGCACGGAGAGCGCUGUGAGCUCCAUACAAUGGUUGCGUGGCAAGAACUACAAUUACGCUGCUGAGCUGGAUGAACUGCAGCAGGUGGAUCGUCAGAUGCGCGAGAAUAAAGUGAACCUUUUGGCUGCUCUGGGACGUUCGGUCAAUAUCAAGGCAUUGAGCAUUAGCUUGGGUCUCAUGUUCUUCCAGCAAGUGAGCGGCAUCAAUGCCGUCAUCUUCUUCUCCGAAUCCAUCUUCAAGGAUGCCAACACUGGCAUUGAUCCUAGUUUGUCGACCGUGCUGAUUGGCGUGAUGCAAGUGGUGGCAACCUUUGUCUCUACUGUGGUUGUGGAUAAGCUUGGCCGUCGUCUUCUGCUGCUUGCCUCGGGCUCUGUUAUGGCGCUCUCGACCACAGCCAUUGGUGUUUACUUCUAUAUGAAGGAUCAAGACGCAGCAAGCGUAACGAAUCUGGGCUGGUUGCCUGUGGCCAGCUUGUGCAUUUUCAUGAUUAUGUUCUCGAUUGGCUAUGGUCCUGUGCCCUGGCUGAUGAUGGGCGAACUGUUUGCCACCGAUAUAAAGGGAUUCGCAGGCUCCAUUGCAGGCACCACCAACUGGAUUUUGGCAUUUGUGGUUACAAAGACAUUUGAGAAUCUGAAGCAGGGCUUGGGCAAUGGCGGCACCUUCUGGCUGUUCGCCGGCUUAACAGUUGUUGGCGUUGUAUUCGUCUUCCUCGCUGUGCCUGAAACGAAGGGCAAGAGUCUCAACGAGAUUCAGCAGGAGCUGGCGGGCGGCAGACGUAACAACACCCAAGCAGAGCCAGCAAAUGGUGUGCAAAAGUAAACAGGUUAACAGAGUGCUGUU